AUGCCACCAAAGAAAGAUAAAGGAAAAAAAGAUGAAGAAACAAACAAGGGUGCUACUUUUACGGAGGUUGAAAGGACGUUCUUAGAACUACAACUAGCUGAGUGUAAUAGAAAAAUUGCAAGACUUCGGUCGGCAGUCGAUGAAUAUGAACAACGCAAUGAGGAAUUACAAAAAUCUUACGAUAAGUUGGAUGAAGAUCGGGCUGAUAUUAUUGCAUAUUUAAAAAAGAUGCUAAACCUUAAAAAUGAUGAAAACUCUGAACUAAAAGAAAAAGUUAAGGGCCUUGAAGAAACUAGGGAAAUUGAAACCGCUCGAUUUAAAGAAACUGUAUCCGAAUUAGAGAAAAACUUUACAAUAAUGAAAGAUCAGUUGACAUCUGAGAACAAAUUAUUGGCUGGCAAAUUAAAUACAUUGGAAGAAUUCAGAGCUAUAAGAGAUGACUUAAUGAGAAAAUUUGAAAAACAGGAGCAGGAUUUUAAAGAUCAAGAGAUGAAAUAUAAAAGAGUAAUUUAUGACGCUGAAAAGAAAUUCGUCAUAGGAAAAGAUAAAUUAAAAAAAGAAAUGGAAGCCAGACUUCUACAAUUAGCACAAGAUUUCCAAGACGCCACGGAACUAAGAAUAGCAGCUUCUACUCAUCGUGUGAUCAGGGAAAAUAUUGCUAUUAAUAAUGAACUGGACAAUAUUUUAUCUACUCAGUCAAAAUUAGCAGAACAAAAUGAAAAAUAUAAAGAAAGUGAAAGAGCGGCUCGUAUUAAGAUGGAACUAGCUGAAGAAGAAAGAGACAAAGCCAUUAAUAAAAGCAUUGUUCAGCGAAAAGUUAUCGAUCAGUUAACUUCAGCUUUCCAAAACAUAAAUAAGGAGAAGGCGUUAUUUGAAAAGAGAAACUAUGAUUUUGAAGCUCUGCAGGCAAAAGUUCAAAAAUUAACUAAAGAAAAUGAAAAUCUUUCUUUACAAGUCAGAAUCCUAGAACAAAAUCUUCAUGCAAAAUUGACUGAUCAAAACAAAUCAGUUGUUGAGUCUUCAAAAGUUUCCAAAGAAAAUGCUAAAUUAAAGCAAAUUUUAAAAGAAGCCGCGACCGCAGUUCGAGCGGCUUUAAAAUUAGAUCAAUGGUCUGAUGCGGAUCCAACUCGCAAUUUAGUGGAUAGACAGGUUUUGCUUUCACGAUUGCUUAUGAUUAUUACCCAAUAUCGUGACGUACAACAAGCGGAAUCAAUGGAGACCUUUGCGUCAUUAGAAAAAAUUUAUGAGGGUGGAGAUCUUGGAUUCAUUCCAAAACCAAGUUCUAAAAAGUCGAUUGGUUCUACAGUGGUUCUGGCGCCAUCCAAGGAAUCAUUAAGUGAGGAAAAAGAAAGCGAACCCUCAAUAGAACUUUCCACACCUUCGAUAGGUAGUAUUAAAACGAUUCCUAGUAUGAAGUUAGUGCCUCCGUCUUCUGAACCUGAAGUCCCAAUUAAAGAAAGUGUUCAGUCAUUUGUGACGUCAUCUCAGUCGACUGAAGGUUCAGUACCAACUGAAACCGAAGAGCUUGAGACGGAUACAGAUGAUAUUGAAAAACAGCUGGCAAAAAGUAAAUUAGAAAUUCAGAAAUCGAUUAUGAAAGACUUAGCAUAUUCGCAAAUGGCUUUGCAUUCACAAGCCAAAUUUUCUGAAGAGCGGGACAAGGGAUUAGUGUCAAAGUCAGUUGUAUUUGAAAGCACUGAAAAUGAAGAGAAAAGUGCGGACGACGUCGAGGAGUCUCGUGAAAAAUUAGAAAGUGUGCAAGAGGUAAGCGACGACAGAAGUUUAGAAGAGCAAACAGAAGUGAAGGAUGAAGAAGAAAGUUUGAAUGAAACUACGCAAAAGGAAAAAGAGGACGUGAAUGAGUAA